AUGGCAGCCGUGAUGGUGGUGGUCGUGGGAGGGCUGGGGACGGGAACUGGGCCCCAGAGAGGAAGGAUGGGGGCACGGGGGAGGCUGUGGAAGAAGCCCUUCCGGCAGAGCCAUGCCCAGGGGCCCCUGGCGGUGCCACCCCAGCCCCCUGCGUUCCCUCCAGCCAGGAGCCGGGGCCACCCCUCGGGCACGUGCCACCGUGAGGCGUCUGCGGCGAUGGAAGGGACGACGGCCCCGUGCCCCGUCAUUGAGCUCAGCCCCAUGGUGGAGAGGCCACGGGGUGACGGUCAGUUUGUCCAAAUUAGCCGGGGCCGCCUCUCGGGCAGCCUCUCGGGGUCCGCUCUGGGCUGGGGCUGGGCAAGAGGAGGAAGAGGGAGGCGGCGGCGGGCACGGCGGGCACGGCGGGCUCAGGCUGCCGCUCCCACCAGCUCCGAAACGUCCCUGAAGCUCUUUGACCGCAAGCGGAUCUUCGAGGCGGUGGCCCGGGGCAGCUGCGAGGCGCUGGCGGACCUCGGCCCCUACCUGCAGGGCAGCCUGAAGAAGCUCACGGACGGCGAGUUCAAAGACCCGGAGACGGGCAAGACGUGCCUGCUCAAGGCCGUGCUGAACCUGCACGACGGCAGGAACGACACCAUCCCGCUGCUGCUCGACGUGGCCAGGCAGACGGGCGACCUCAGGGACUUCGUGAACGCCAGCUACACGGACAGCUACUACAAGGGCCAGACGGCGCUGCACAUCGCCAUCGAGAGGCGCAACAUGGCUCUGGUGACCCUCCUGGUGGAAAACGGCGCCGACGUCCACGCCGCGGCCCACGGGGACUUCUUUAAGAAGACCAAAGGGAGACCUGGCUUCUAUUUCGGCGAGCUGCCCCUCUCUCUGGCGGCCUGCACCAACCAGCUGGGCAUCGUCCAGUACCUGCUCCAGAAUCCCCACCAGCCGGCGGACAUCGAGGCCAAGGACUCGGUGGGCAACACCGUCCUGCACGCCCUGGUGGAGGUGGCCGACGACACGGCCGAGAACACCAAGUUCGUGACGAGCAUGUACAACGAGCUCCUGAUCCUCGGCGCCAAGAGUCGGCCCACGCUCAAGCUGGAGGAGGUCACCAACAAGAAGGGGCUCACCCCGCUGGCGCUGGCCGCCAAGAGCGGGAAGAUCGGGGUCCUGGCCUAUAUUCUCCGCAGAGAAAUUCAGGAGCCCGAGUGCAGGCACCUGUCCAGGAAGUUCACGGAGUGGGCCUACGGGCCGGUGCACUCGUCCCUCUACGAUCUGUCCUGCAUCGACACCUGCGAGAAGAACUCGGUGCUGGAGGUGAUCGCCUACAGCAGCAGUGAGACCCCAAACCGCCACGACAUGCUGCUGGUGGAGCCCCUGAACAGGCUCCUGCAGGACAAAUGGGACCGGUUCGUGAAGCGCAUCUUCUACUUCAACUUCUUCGUCUACUCCGUGUACAUGGUCGUCUUCACCUGCGCCGCCUACUACCGGCCCGUGGACGGCUUGCCUCCCUUCCGCUUCGACUACUCCACGGGGGCCUACUUCCGCGUCACCGGGGAGCUGCUGUCCGUGCUGGGGGGCAUCUAUUUCUUUUUCCGAGGGAUUCAGUACUUCCUGCACCGGAGACCCUCCCUCAAGACUCUCUUUGUGGACAGCUACAGCGAGGUGCUCUUCUUCAUCCAGUCUGUGUUUCUCCUGGUCUCCGUCGUGCUGUACUUCAGCCGCUGCAAGGAGUACGUGGCCUCCAUGGUCUUCUCUCUGGCCAUUGGCUGGACCAACAUGCUCUACUAUACCCGAGGCUUUCAGCAGAUGGGAAUCUACUCAGUCAUGAUCGAGAAGAUGAUCUUGAGAGACCUGUGCCGUUUUAUGUUUGUCUAUCUGGUCUUCCUGUUCGGAUUUUCCACAGCGGUGGUGACACUGAUCGAGGACGGGAAGAACAACACGGAAGCCUCCUGCCACGGCAGGCGGUGCUCAGCCGGCUGCAAGCCCUGUGCCAGCUCCUACAACAGCUUCUACUCCACGUGCCUGGAGCUCUUCAAGUUCACCAUUGGCAUGGGUGACCUGGAGUUCACCGAGAACUACGACUUCAAGGCCGUCUUCAUCAUCCUCCUGCUCACCUACGUCAUCCUGACCUAUAUCUUGCUGCUCAACAUGCUCAUCGCCCUCAUGGGGGAGACCGUGAACAAGAUCGCGCAGGAGAGCAAGAACAUCUGGAAGCUCCAGAGAGCCAUCACCAUCCUGGACACUGAGAAGAGCUUCCUGAACUGCAUGAGGAAAGCCUUCCGGUCAGGGAAGCUGGUGCAGGUGGGCUACACGCCCGAUGGGAGGGAAGACUACAGGUGGUGCUUCCGAGUCGACGAGGUCAAUUGGACCACUUGGAACACCAACCUGGGCAUCAUUAACGAGGACCCCGGCAACUGCGAAGGGAUCAAGCGCACCUUGAGCUUCUCUUUGCGGUCCGGCCGAGUUUCAGGCAGGCACUGGAAGAACUUUCCUCUGGUUCCACUUUUGAGAGACGGGACGAGCCGAGACAGGCGCUCCAACGCGCCUGAAGAAGGGCGGCCGAGGCCCUUCUCGGGGUCCCUGAGGCCCGAAGACGCCCACCUGGUGAAGGAGCCGCUCGCCGCGGGCUCCCAGUGAGGGCUGCGCUCGCUGCCCCCGCCCUGGCCACGGGCCUCCCUUCUCUUCUGCGGCCUUUCCCAUUGCCUGCCCCCCUCCCCGUCCCCAGGCUGCCGCUCUGGCCCCCGUCCGCACCCCGACGUCCUGGGGGCCGAGCAGGGAGGGCAGGUGGGCGCACGCCCAGCCCUCUGCUCCCCAAGUCUAUUUCUGAGAGGCAGGCCUAGAGGCAGGCCGUCCGGGGUUCAAAGCGGGCCUCAGACACGUCCUGCUCGUCUGCCUUGGAACGAUAUCUAGGCCUGCACCUGAGGCAGAAGGUGAGGCUCUACAAAAGGGCAUUUUCUGGGCCCCCAGCCGUGCCCCCCCCCCAGCGAGGGGUCCUGGCACUGGCCAAGCUGGUCUCCAGGCCGUCUGGGGUCGCAGGAAGCGCUUCCCCCUCCCCAGAGCACAGAAGGUUGGCCCUGCCCAGCUGCUGCCAGUCGCUGGCCCCCCGCUCUAGCUAGUGACGCCUGGCUGUUUGAAGUUUGCCCGUGCGCGUGCCCCGUCAGAGCCCAACUGCCGUCCUUCUUCCGGGCGCCCGCCUUUGUCCCUGCUCUUGCGCAGUGCCCUUGUCUGUCUCCACGCCAAGCGGCUCAGUGUGUCCAAUAAAGCCCUCCGAGGGGCCCAGAGA